CUCCACCUUUCCCCCCCCUCCUUUUACCUUCUGUAUCCAAGUGACGGGAUAUUAAAUAAGAAGGUUUCCUUCGUAUCUCUUCUUAUCUAUUUCACGGCGCCGAUGAUACCGGUUGGACGACUCCGAUCUUCCAGUUCUGAUUUGCCUACUGAUCCCGGUAGUCGGCUUCCUCAUACAAUCCAUCAUCUAUAUACGACCAGUAGCCCUGGUUUACUGCCACGCACACACAACGUGACAAGGUCAGGCGCGUCUCUGCCAAACCAAGCCAUCAACCGUCUUCAGCUCGUUGUUCCUGGAGGCACCGAAUCUUCACUUGUGUCCUACACUCAACCUCUUCUACCCAGUCCUCGACAAACCAGCACCUCAAAAAUGCCAGCGAAGCCAACGCUCCACCCGUUACAGACGCCGCGGACGAUGACGUUCCCCUCCGAGCUCCAAGCCGACUCAGGCGCCAGUCUAUCAGGAGGAGGGCGCAAUCACAGUGACGACGGCCUGUCGACCCCGAUCACUCCGCCCGCGGCGUACACGGAAUUCCUCAAAGCCCUGACGCCGAUCUUCUCGCCCGCCGACGGCAAUGGGCCUGCCACACGCUUCGUCUGGGACAAAGCCGCCAAGACACCGACCUCGCAGCCCGCCAGUGCCGUCAGCGGCACCUUCAAUUUCUCCGACCCAACGCGGCCCGCGACGGCGUCGCUGCCCCCGCCGACGCCGUACGGCACAGUGCCCCCGGCCCGGCGGGACAUGCUGAGCCUGCGCCGUCUGCGCAUCCCGCCCGCCAUGCUGUACUCGCCCACCUUGGAGACGCCGCGGAGCGCGAACUCGAUCCUGUCGCCCUACUCGCCGUCGGAUUGGAAGCUGCGGUACUGGGAGGGCCCGCGCAGUGCCACCGCCGGUCGGGUGAGCGUGCGGCAUGUGGUCACCCAUACCGUGACGUAUAAGCGGACGCAGCUGGAGGAUCCGCCCAAGGGGAAGCGGAGAAAGCAUAGUGAAGAUAAAGAUGAGUCCUGAGGCGUAGGCGAGGUUUUUGGUUUCAUUCUGUCUGAAUUAGGUAGCGCUGGGUUCUGGCGUUGGGAGUUGGGGAGGAGGUUUGAUUUACUGGGGCAGGAAAUAACAAAUAUGAUUGACUUCUCUAUCUCUGA